AGAGAGAGAGAGAGAGAGAGAGUGGUAGAGAGAGCUCGGCUCACAGCGCAGGGGGAGGUGGAUCCCGAUGUAGUGUAGCAGCGCAAGCUAACGUUAACUGGCCAUGUUGCUGCUGGUGGUGUGUGUCUGCUAGCGGGCCGCCCUGGACUCCCUAUCCGCCCUGAGGUGCAUCAUGCCCGGCUGGAAGAAAAACAUCCCGGCCUGUCUCCAACCGGACCAGGAGGGAGAUGACGGGCCGUACUCCAAACACUCCGGAGGGUCCAGACCUCCAGACGGAGCGCUGGCCAUCAGGAGGCAGAGCAUCCCAGACGAGUUCCGGGGCUGCUCGGUGGUGGAGCUGAUGAAGAAGGAGGGCACCACCCUCGGGCUGACUGUCUCAGGCGGCAUCGACAAAGACGGCAAGCCGCGGGUUUCAAACCUGCGACAGGGAGGCAUCGCCGCCAGGAGCGACCAGCUGAACGUGGGCGACUACAUCCGAGCCGUGAACGGCAUCAACCUCUCCAAGUUCAGACACGACGAGAUCAUCAGCCUGCUGAAGAACGUCGGGGAGCGGGUGGUGCUGGAGGUGGAGUACGAGCUGCCGCCGCUCUCGGUGCAGGGGUCAGGGGUCGUGUUCAAGAACGUAGAGGUCACGCUCCACAAGGACGGGAACAGCUUCGGCUUCGUCAUCAGAGGUGGGGCCCAUGAAGACAGGAACAAGUCACGCCCCAUCGUCAUAACAACCAUCAGGUCUGGCGGUCCGGCUGACAGAGAGGGCACGGUGAAGCCGGGGGACCGGCUGCUCAGCAUCGAUGGGAUCCGUCUCCAUGGCAGCACGCUGACGGAGGGCAUGAGCAUCCUGAAGCAGAGUGGACAGGAAGCCACGCUGCUGCUGGAGUACGACGUCUCCGUCAUGGAUUCGGUUGCCACGGCGUCGGGGCCGCUGCUGGUGGAGGUUGCCAAGGUGACGGGCUCCAGUCUGGGCGUCGCCCUGUCCACCUCCAUGUUCUGCAGCAAGCAGGUGAUCGUCAUCGACAAGGUGAAGCCAGCCAGCAUCGCAGACAGGUGCGGUGCUCUCCAUGCAGGAGAUCACAUCCUGUCUGUGGACGGGAAGUCGAUGGAGUUCAGUUCUCUGGCUGAAGCGACUCAGCUGCUUUCUGCCUCGUGUCAGACGGUCCGCAUGGAGAUCCUCCCUCAGCACCAAGCCCGACCGGCCCUGAACGCACCGCAGCACGUCAAGGUGCAGCGUAAUUCCCGCACUCUUCCAUGGGAGACCGGAGGCUCCGCCCCCAUCCUCCCCCCCUACCACUACAACACGUACCACCCCGACCAAUCCGCUUCCAGAUCGCACAACCGCCAUACAAACAACCCUCCUCUCGACCACUCGUUCUCUCCCGGCUCCAUGUCGGCCUACAGUCUCUCGUCCCUCAACAUGACCACGCUGCCCCGGAACAUGUAUCCCACGAGUCCCCGGGGCACGUUGAUGAGGAGGAAGGCCAAGAAGAAGGACUUCAAGAGCUCCUUGUCCCUGGCCUCCAGCACCGUGGGUCUCGCCGGUCAGGUCGUGCACACGGAAACCACGGAGGUGGCGUUGCUAGGCGACGGCAUCAUGGGGUUCGGCCUGCAGCUUCAGGGCGGAGUCUUCGCCACGGAAACGCUCUCCUCGCCGCCGCUCAUCGCCUACAUCGACCCCGACAGCCCGGCGGAGAGAUGUGGUAUCCUCCAGAUUGGGGACAGGAUCUUGUCCAUCAAUGGAGUUCCUACUGAAGAUUCGACUCUUGAAGAAACCAAUCAGCUGCUCCGAGACUCGUCCAUCACGGCUCAGCUCACGCUGGAGAUCGAGUUCGACGUGGCCGAGUCUGUCAUUCCUAGUUCUGGAACGUUUCACGUGAAGCUGCCGAAGAAACCCGGAGUGGAGCUGGGGAUCACCAUCAGCUCUCCGUCCAACCGGAAGCCAGUUGACCCUCUGAUCAUCUCUGACAUCAAGAAAGGCAGCGUAGCACACAGGACGGGGACCCUGGAGCUGGGGGACAAGCUGCUGGCCAUCGAUAACAUCCGGGUGGAGAGCUGCUCGAUGGAGGAAGCCGUUCAGAUCCUUCAGCAAUGUGAAGAACUCGUGAAGCUGAAGAUCCGAAAAGACGAAGACAACUCUGAUGAACAGGAAGUCUCCGGCAACAUCAUCUACACGGUGGAGCUGCAGCGGUACGGAGGCCCGCUGGGCAUCACCAUCUCCGGCACCGAGGAGCCCUUUGACCCCAUCAUCAUCUCCUCGCUGAGCAAGGGGGGGCUGGCCGAGAGGACCGGGGCGAUCCAUGUGGGGGACCGUAUCCUGGCCAUCAACAGCAGCAGCCUGAAGGGGAAACCUCUGAGUGAAGCCAUCAGCCUGCUGCAGCAGGCGGGAGAGACGGUGACCCUGAAGAUCAAGAAGCAGGGAGAUGCGUCGAGCCCGAAGUCUUGUCUGAUUGGUGCGGGCCUCGGCACGGGGGCGGGGCUUGUCCACGAGCACCAGGACGGGGUGGACGACCCCCUCGUCACGGUGGCGCCGCUGUCAAGCCAGCGGGCGUUCGGCGCCCUGCCGUCGGUGGACAGCGCCGUGGAGUCCUGGGACGGGUCCAACGUGGACGGCAGCUUCGGCUCGCCGGCUCCCUACAGUUUCCACGAGUGGCGCAACGCCAAGACGACCAACAGCCAAUCGUCUUCCUCCGCCCGCCAACGAGCCAAUCCGCUGUUAGAUCUGGGCCUGAGCGACGACGACUGGGACCACGCCCCCCUGGGAGGAGGCUGUAAUCUGCCCAGCGGCCUAAUCACUGACAGCAGGUUCACGGUGGGACACGAUGGCACAGAACCGGACCAGGAGGAGAACUUCUGGUCUCAGGCUCUGGAGGAUCUGGAGACUUGUGGCCAGAGCGGCAUCCUGAGAGAGCUGGAGGAGGCUGGAAAUGAAACGCACCUCCUCACUCUGGCAACCAUCAUGUCCGGCUCCAGCCUCAGCCUGAACCAUGACUCCGCCCCCCUGCGCAGCACCCUGGGGCGCCAGGCCAGCUUCCAGGAACGCAGCAGCUCCAAACCGCAGAUGAGCAACCGCUCCAGCACCUUGCCCUCUGACCCCCAGCGCCGGGCCUUCGCCAUGAGGAAGAUGAGGCAGGAAGUGAAUGAGAUCCUGAACCAGAACCCUGUGGAGCUCCACAAGCUGACCCUGGAGAAGGUCUCUGAUCUGGAGGACUUUGGCUUCAGUGUCUCUGACGGCAUGUUGGACCGCGGCGUCUACGUCAACAACAUCCGGCCCGGAGGCCCGGCGGAGCAGGGGGGGCUCCGAACCUACGACCGGCUGCUACAGAUCAACCACGUGAGGACCCGGGACUUCGACUGCUGCCUCGUGGUCCCGCUGAUCGCCGAGUCCCCGAACCACCUGGAGCUCGUCAUCAGCCGAAACCCCGCCUCCUCCUCGCUGCUGGCCAAUCACACGGACGGCGUCGCCAACAGCGGCCACUCCCCUCAGCCCAUCGGCAGCGACCUGGGAACUUCGGAGUACUCGAUUGGCCAGGAGGAAGACGGCGGUCCGAUCAAGUGGAGCCAACCGGGAGACGGGCUGGGGGCGUGGCUAGGGGCGGGGCUGGGGGAGGGGCUUGGGAGGAGUCAGGUGAAUAAUAAAUCCGUAUAGUGGCCGAAAAUUGGAUGAAACUGGAUUGAACCGGUUCCAACCAGAUUGGACUGAAGAACAGUGAAACUGGGUAAAUUAAAACUAGUUUGGACCGGUCCCAACUGGUUCAGACUGGACCCCCAUUACCCCCCACCACCACCAUGGUGCUACACUCACCCUGUGGAUGACCUUUGACCUUUGACCACUAAAGUUUGACAUUUGAGCUGCUGAAGCAGCCUGAAAGCACACUGGAGAACCGGAGAACCAGAACCAGUUCUACGUUCUGGUUCUGCUGGUGUCACUGGAACCAGAACUAUAACUACUGAUCCCACCGGAGCCAGAGCUACUGGUCUAACUGGUUCUACGAGCCCAGAGCCAAGGCUCCUGAUUCUAUUGAAGCCGGAACCACGGAUGGUGACUGGUCCUCCGAGCUGAGAACCCGGCUACGGGUCGCACUGAAGCCAGAGCGUACUGGGUCAGGACUUGUGGGUUCUGGUCUCAGUGGUAAGAGGAUCUUGACCAAUGAUUCCACUAAAGCCAGACCAUCAGCUAGUGGUCUCACUGGUCCAAGACCAAUGGGUUCUGGUCUCAUGGGUCCAGUUCCAACUGAAGCCACAGACAUCGCUCUUACUGGUCCAGCAUUUGGUUCUUCGUGUGUACGAGUCCAGAACCAGGACCACUGCCCUCUGAGUCCAGAACCAGGACCACUGUCCUCUGAGUCCAGAACCAGUGAGUCCAGAACCAGGACCACUGUCCUCUGAGUCCAGAACCAGGACCACUGCUCCAUCUCACUCCGUCUCACGAGAAUCAGAACCGUGGCUUCUGAUUGGACCACAGCAGCACAAAGACUGAUGGGACUCCAGAACCUAGAACCUGUUGAUGGACAGACAGGUUGCCAUGGAGACCAGCGACGCCCCGACCGGGAUUGCCUAGUGUCGUUGGGAGCGUCCAAAUCAAUACUGAUCAAUCCUGAUCAAUACUGAUCACCGAUUGGUUUCUGAUCUUAAACAUUGAUUCAUGUCAAAGAGUUUAAAUUAAAGCAGUUUGGGUCCACAGCUCAGGACCGGAUCCAUAAGACCCCCACGAGGUCAGGAUGGGUCUAAAAGCUGCGUUCUCUCUCCACCAGGGGGCGACUCCUCUGGUUGUAUAGAAGUCUCAAAUUAAAGGAUAGGCCCAAAUAAUAGAAUAUUUUUUAUUCUUAGUAAAUUUUAAGACAGAAAUCAAUCGGCUGAUAUUGAUCAGAAACAAGACGAAGGGUUUCCUGUUAGCAUUGUGUUCUGUGCCAUGAAAGAGCUGCAGACAGUGAUGAAGAUGAAGAUGAAGACACUGAGCAGUUCAAUAAGAGUCUUUUUCUACUGUUUACACCUGUUGGACUGGCCACACUGUACGUAUGUGUGUGUGUGUGUGUGUGUGUUAAACACAAGGCCAGUUAAGCCCCUUCCACCUCAAGUCCUCGUCUUGGCCCCGCCCCCCUCUACCCCUCUUCUUCCCUCGACCAAUCGGCAGCCAAGAUGACAGACAGACGGCAGUUCUGAGCGACUCGGCUGAUUGGCUGGAACCAAUCAGGAGAUAAAACCUGCCGUCUGUGAUUGGUUCUCCUCGACACGCGAGCCAACCAAUCAGCUACCGGGACGAAGCCAAGCAUGCCCCGCCCCCUGCCCCCCCCCCAGUACAAGUGAUCUAUUAUGCUAAUCGAUCGGUGUGUUUUUGAUUGACUUGUCGGUUUUCUCUGUUUGUUUGUUUCCACGGCGACGGAACCUAAAAAGAUGUAAAAUAGAUUUUAAAAAACGGUUCCGAUGCGUCGCCGCUCCACGAGACCCGAAACCGUCACGCAUAACCACGCAAACACCGGUACACGAGAAAAAAUACCUGAUCCAACAGGAAACCUGUGACCGGAAAUUCCUGUGUGUGUGUGUGUGUGGGUGGGUGGGUGUGUAGGUGUGUGGGUGUGUAGGUGUGUGUAGGUGUGUGGGUGUGUGUGUGUGUGUAGGUGUGUGAGUGUGUGUGUGUGUGUUUUGGAGUGAUGUCAACCUGCUCUCGCCACGGUAUUUAAACCGGCCAAUCAGAACCCUCGACUCUGAACGCUAGAAGAAACGCUCCCUCGGGCUAGCGUAGCCUAGCAUGUCGCUAGUAUCAGGUUCACAUCGCUAACGGUAGCCGUGGUUACCACCUAGCAAACAUAACUUCACCAUUUGGCAAAUGUAUGGUUAGCACACAGCUAACACCAGACUAGCCAACACACCUGGAUGUUAGCACACAGCUAACACAAGACUAGCCAACACACCUGGAUGUUAGCACACAGCUAAUCCGUAGCCAACACCUGACUCACAAAGCCGGUGGUUGGUUAGCACACACCUCGCACAAUGCUAACAUUUAGCUCACCUCUGGUAAACACAGCUAGUAGCCGGUUAGCCAACAUAAUCAGAGAGCUAACACAAGGCUAGCCAACAUACACAGAUGUUAGCAUAUGCUAACUAAUAGCCAACACCUGGCUAACAGAGCCAUUGUAUGGUUAGCACACACUUAGCACAAUGCUAGCCUGGCGAACAUCUGGCUACCAUAACCAUAGUUGGCUACCACAAGGCUACUCUUAGGGCUAACACGGCUAGCUGCUAUUCAGUUAGCUUGUGGUUAGCAUUCACCGUGCUAUGACUAACGUCACACGACAGUCCUGUUGGUGGUGGUAACUAUGGUAACGGUAAUUAGCUCUGUAAGAAUUGUUUGCUGAGCACACUCAAACUAUUCCACCAAUGAAAAGAGAGCCACAGAGUUGAGGGGCGUGGCUUCAAGAGGGCGUGGCUUCAAGAGUCAAUGAGAGAUUUAAAGCCAUACACAAAUGUGCGAAUGGAUAAAGUGUGUGUGUGUGUGUGCGUGUGCGUGUGUGUGUGUGUGUGUGUGGAGGACUGAAGCUGCAUUAUAAUACAUAAAUAAAUUACACAAUAAAUAAAAGAUAUAAAUAAAAUGGAAAUUAAUAAAUACGAAAAUAAUUACAUGUAGAAAUAAAUUAGAGCAAAUAACAAAUGUACAAUUUGUUUUAAAAGAAUUAUACAUUUUAUUUAUUUUUCUAUUUUUGUGCAUUCAAACCAACCAUUUAUUGUAUAUAUUAUUUAUUUUAUUAUAUUAUUAUAAUGAUAACUUUAGCCCCUCUAAUGUGUGUGUGUGUGUGUGUAUAACAUUGCAGGGAUUUACACUCUAGUGAUUCACCUCAGCAAGACAUCCACCCACGCACACACACACACACGCACACACACACGCACACACACGCACACACACGCACAUGCAUUGCACUGCCAUUUUAAAUCGUGGGUCCGAUUAGUUUCCAUGUAGCUUCACCAACCAACCAAACUGUAUUUUCUUUAAAGGAACAGGGAUGUUGUAAAGUAUUUUUGUACAAAUUUAAUACUUUGGUAGCAUGACGUUCCUGGUGUUUGUCCCGCGGGGCGCCGCCGCGCUCCUCCCCCUUUGUAAGGACGCCAUGAGCAACAAUAAAGAUGAAGACCUGCUGGGAGAACUCAUGUAUGUUUUUAAAUAAAUAUCUUCAUUUAAUGUGAA